AUGGCUUGCACACAGCAAGCUCCGGCAAUUCCGCCUUCGGCGUCUUCAUCGCCCCAGAACGACAUUCGCUUGCAAGGUAUCUUUGCAGAGGACCUGGACGUUGCAUCGUACUACCCGUCAGAAGCUUGGUUGCAGCAAUGGCUCGCGAAUCAGAAGACGUGGCAGUGCCCUGGCAGCGUCACGAUGUUCCAACAGGACAAGAUGCAGGCUGAGUACUGGAUGAGUCCUCCAAGUCCGAAUUCAGACCCGUUGCCCGAGGACCUGGACGUUGCAUCGUACUACCCGUCAGAAGCUUGGUUGCAGCAAUGGCUCGCGAAUCAGAAGACGUGGCAGCACGAUGCCAAUGAAGUCCAUUUCAGGUGCCCUGGCAGCGUCACGAUGUUCCAACAGGACAAGAUGCAGGCUGAGUACUGGAUGAGUCCUCCAAGUCCGAAUUCAGACCCGUUGCCCGAGGACCUGGACGUUGCAUCGUACUACCCGUCAGAAGCUUGGUUGCAGCAAUGGCUCGCGAAUCAGAAGACGUGGCAGCACGAUGCCAAUGAAGUCCAUUUCAGGUGCCCUGGCAGCGUCACGAUGUUCCAACAGGACAAGAUGCAGGCUGAGUACUGGAUGAGUCCUCCAAGUCCGAAUGCAGACCCGUUGCCCGAGGACCUGGACGUUGCAUCGUACUACCCGUCAGAAGCUUGGUUGCAGCAAUGGCUCGCGAAUCAGAAGACGUGGCAGCCUUUGGAUGUCGAUGAAAGCAAUUCGGCGGAGGCGGCGAGCCUCCGUGACAACGCUGAGCUGGAGUUUCCACUUGAUGCGACGCCAAGGGCUUGCGACGUGGACUCACCAAGUUCUACACUCACCCCCGAGUGUCGUGGGCCACCACUGCAGGACUGCCAGUCUCCAGACCUCUACAGCCUCGACAGCCCUUCGCCGCGGGACCGUUCUGAUGCCGUGGACACUUCCUUGGAGGCGCGCGCGCGAAAGGAUCUUCUGCGUCGGGCGGAGAUCUUCCUGGAGGGCUUCACCCCAAAAGAGGCGCCGAAGGACCGGACCGUGCAGGAUCUUCUGCGGCGUGCGGAGCGCUUCCUGCAGGGGUCCAUGGACGAGCUGGACGAAGAAGUUCCGCAAGAAGUGCUGGUGCACUUCAGGAUGCUUGGCCUGGAACCGGAUGCCACACUUGACGCCGUCAGGCACGAGCAGUUCAAGCUUGCAGCUUGUGACAUUGAGUUUUUGCGGAUGCAGGAGCCGGUCUCCGUGGAGGAACUUCUACGGUGGAAGGCUCAGAGGGAAGCCCUGGAGAAGGAGCUGUCGAUUGCAAAGCAGCUCAUCUCCGAGAUGAAGAAGGCCCUGUCCUCUUCUGACAACUUCAAACCAGAGCUUGCGAAUGCCGACGAGAUUCCCACGCAGGCCGAUUCGCAAGCCGAGCUUGCGAAGGCAAGCGAGAUGCUUGCACAGGAGGACAACCCGGAAUCCGACAUUGCCAACGCCGGCGAGAUGCCCUUCCAGGCUUCGCAUGCUGCGAAUGCCAGCGAGACACCUGCAGAGGAUUUGGGGCUUUACAGGUGGAGUUGCCGCAUGAGGAGAGACAUGGCAGAGGCGACGGAGUGUAUGGAUCAAGAAGCUUCUGGGGUUUGGGUGACAUUUGCUAUUUGA